GUUAUCAAGGCUGUCCAUUACACAAGAUCAUGAAGGACUCGGUGUUAGGUCUAGUAUUCACCUUGGCUCUCGCAUGCGCCUUGGAACCAGAGGUUAUAUUGGAGAAGCCAUUCGGAUUACGGCUUAGACUGAAAGAUGAGUCAUCACUUUUAGGAGUUAAGUUUGAAGUACAGCCAGAGGGACAAAAGAUUUACAAAGAGUUCAUAGAACACACAUUGGAUGGAGCAUGGGAGUUUCAUUUACCGGAAGUUAAAAUAGCUCCUGGAGGAAAACUAAGGUUCAGACUAACAGCAUACUUCGAGAAUAACAUCGAGGAAGGUGAUUGGAAGACACAUGAAGUAGAGCCUUUAAAGCCUGUUAGAAGUAUGAAGAGAGCCGUUGUUUUCAGAGAUGACUACAACAGCUUUAACCAUGGCAGUUACGAUAUAGAGUGUUCAGCAUGGGGAGGCGGAAAUAACGAAUUUCAAGUAUACACCAACAAAGACAAGAAUCUGUUCUCCAGAGGAGGUCAUCUCUACAUCAAACCGACUUUAACAAUCGACGACCCUCACUACGAUUCCAACAGACUAUAUCAUGGUCGUAUGAUUGUGAAAGACGACUUUUGCGGAUAUUGCAGUCAAUCUACUAACUGGGGUUGUGACAGGACGGCUGUCAAUGGCAACGUCUUAAACCCAAUCAUGUCUGGAAAAGUUACAACGCAUGCUUCAAUUAGAUACGGAACUGUAACUGUUCGAGCUAAGAUUCCUAGAGGAGACUGGAUUUGGCCAGCAAUAUGGAUGUUGCCAAAGGAUUGGCAUUAUGGUGGCUGGCCUCGUUCUGGUGAAAUUGAUAUGAUGGAAGCACGUUGUAAUGCAAAAGUAAAUUGUAAUGGUAACGAUCACGGGGUAGGAGAAGUUGCUUCUACACUUCAUUGGGGACCAUCACCUAGUCAAAAUGGCUUCAUGAAAACUCAUGGCGAAAAAGACAAGAAUGGUGGCGAUUGGGCAAGUGGCUUCCAUAUAUAUAAGUUAGAGUGGUAUGCAGAUCAUAUAAAAGUUACCGUUGAUGGCGAACAAAUAAUGUAUGUGGCCACACCUGGAAAUGGUUUCUAUAAUUAUGGAGGCUUUGGUGGCAGCAAUAUUUGGGCAAGUGGAGGCAACAAUGCUCCAUUUGAUCAGCCGUUCCAGUUGAUCAUGAAUGUAGCCGUUGGUGGUGGUUUCUUCUCAUCUGGAUGCAGUUACAACCAACCACGUCCAUGGAAUGAUGGUUCAAAUAAACAAAUGAGAGAAUUCUGGGACAGACGAGGUGAAUGGCUGUCAACCUGGCAUGGAGAUAAUGUUGCUAUGCAAAUUGAUUAUGUCGAAAUGGUUCAGGCUUAAUCUGAAAUUAAUGAAUAUUAAAUUUGUACGUAUUCUUUUUA